GUCUCUGCUUCGGAGCGAUCUCUCUGUCCUUCUGGUGAACCACGGCAGUUAAACUCGACACUUUGAUGUCUAAUAACUGUGAAUUAUAUUACGAAGACUGCCGUUCAUCAUGAAUGGUUCAUCUGCCGUUCCGUAUUGUUCGGAAAACGGUGUCAAUGCGACGGAUUACAGCGUUUGGAUCCAAGUGACCCAGUGCUGGAUGUGGAUGCUGACUUGUGUAGGUAGUUUGGGGAAUCUGAUUACCAUCAUGGUCAUCCUGCAUCAGCUAUACAUAGGGCACGUGCAGCGGAGGCGGCCUUGGACUUUGCGACAGCGGAACGGCAGCCUUUUCCCCGUCGAGAAACCGGUCCUCCCCUUCGAAGGCCACACCCUCCUCCUGCUUCACCUGAGCUUCUGCGACCUCCUGUACUCUGCCGUGAACUUUCCGCUGACGAUCAUCGCCUACGGCCAUGCCCUAGAAGGUGCCACGGAGGAGCUCGACCGCCUGUGCCCGGUCGCCGCCUUCCUGAGGUACACCAACGCCCUGGCGGAGUGGCUGACGCUGGGGCUCCUGGCGUUCCAGCGGUGCGUGGACCUCGGCCGCUGGAGGGGCACGAGGUUCUUCAAGCCCGCGGCCACCGGGUUCCUCAUCGGCGGCGUCUGGGUGGUCAGCGUAAUCUUCCAGGUCAUCCCCUUCUUUGUGUCUUCGGAAGGCUACGGCUACUGCGGAAGAAACCUCAGAUGUGACAUAAUAAACGACAACCUCAGAGACCUUUUCUUCACUCUUCAGUCUUGUGUGCCUCUUAUUUUGAUGGUCUCUGGUUCUAUAGGGAUUCUGUGCCACCUGAGGAAGAGCGUAGAUUCGGAAGCCGCCAUGAUCGUUCCCGAGUCUUCGAAGAGGCGCCUUGUGAAGUCAAGCGUCAUCGUCUUCACACUCAUGCUGCUGUUCCUUGUCUGUGUGAUCCCGAUCUGCAUCCACAACGUGUUUCUGAGCGACACCGUGGACAGCGAACGCAUUCCAACUGGCAUCGUCCUGUACAUGAUCUACUGGCUCCAAUACGCCGUCAAUUUCAUCUUGUACACCGUCGUGAGUGCCAACUUCAGGAGUGCCUAUCGUCGCUUCUUCGGCCUCUUCCUCCACGCCUGUCGCUCGCCUGGUGGUCGGAAAGUCAAACAUCCGAGUAGUAUCUAUCAUGUGCCGGAAAGGAUAAGGUAUAGUAAAGAUAGCACUUGCACACCUAACGAUGACUUCGCAGACAACCAAUUGCCUUGUCAUGCUACGGAUUCGAGAGAGACACAUACAAGGUACUGAUUCUAUUGCAAAUUCUCUGAUAAACAUUUAAGAAUUGAUACCAAAUGAAGAAAUAGGUUAAUAAAAAAGAAGAAAAAAAAACAAAAAACAGCAAAGGAUUCCCUGUACAAUAUCAAUAAUUUAUCACAAAGUAUUGGGAAGGAUAAGCAGCUGUGUUGGUAUGCUAUUUAGAAGUUCACUCCAAGAAGAUAUAAAACAUUAACCUGUGCCUGAGAUCUACAAGAGAUGUAUUUUGCUAUUUAUCAGUAUCAUUAUUGCAAGAAAUGAGUGUAUCAGUAGAUUCUGUCUUCUUUCCUUUGGCGGGGCGUGAAAAGUAGACUCACACACAAACAGACGCUGAAAACAU